GAUGGAGUAAACGAAAGCAGAUAAGGUCUGGCUGUUCACUCCUCGGACCUUGUGCUAUAAAUUAGGAAUUUGUCGCGGCACGAGCGACUUCUUGCUCCAACGCGCCAUACGCACAUACGAGUAUUGCGCCUAAUUACGUUUUCUCUUUAGGCUUUCCCGUAAUGGACCAAGUCUUCUAAAUAGGAAUCGAUUGCGGUAUCCGCUACUGGAAGAAAAGAGAGAGAGAGAGAGAGAGAGAGAGAGAGAGAGCGAGAGAGAGAGAGAGAGAGAGAGAAAUUAAAAGCCUAUUUAACCACAGUCCAUGUUUAGAAACAGAUCUAGAGAUUCCCGUUUAAGGGAAUGAAAAGAUUGGUAGUAAGUGGAGGGGGACACCACUUUACCUGAACCACAAGUGGAUUUAUGCUGCAGUUAUGAGACGGUGACCGGAAUAAAUAAAAAGCACUAAAAUGCGUUUUUGGAGGAGCACUCCAGCAUGCCGGGACAAUCCGCAUGGGACGAGUCCUUACGUCUGCAGCACAGGAUAAAAAGCGAGGGAACUCAUGCCGGAUGAAUGUGACACAAACAUCACCGAGAGACGCGACGGAGGAGAAGGAGGAAAAAGAAGAGGAAGAAAAAGGAAAAGUCACCGGCUUUCUGUCACUCGUCACUCACUACACAGUGCAGCGAAUGACCACAGGCGCCUUGAAACUCAGCCUAUAAAGAGACUGGGCUCUCUGUCUGCCAUGGUGCAAUAGAUCUCUAAACCGGAGACUACCUGAAGAGAGGAACCCUACCAGCUCCUACAUUACUGUAUUAAUCUGCUAACACACCGGGAGGACCCUAAACCAUCGUGACACUCCCCAAACAGGGCAGACGUUCACACGCCUCAGUGGCGAGAGAGGCACGCUUCAGCUGCGCUUCAGUAUGAGCGUCCUGCGCGCGCCAGUCAUUACUGCGCUCGCGCUGCUGAUCAUGAGCGGCGGCUACGGCGGACAGAGCGGCUCUGCGUCCGCACGCGCCACCACCAGCCUCCUGCAGCUGCUCGCGGCCAGCGGGAGAGAAGCGCCCGAGCAUCACGCGCAAGCCAACGAGUAUCAAGCACACUCUUCGCUUCCCAUCAAGACGGAAUACUCCAUAGAGUCGAGGGAAGGGAACGAAGUCAACAAAUCCAAUCAGCAUGACCAGACCCUGGACGUCGUUCCUAGAGAUCUGCGCCAGAAAGAAAAGUUCCUAAAACAUUUAACAGGGCCUCUCUAUUUUAGCCCGAAAUGCAGCAAACGCUUUUAUAGAUUAUAUCAUAACACCAGAGACUGCACAAUACCAGCCUAUUAUAGAAGAUGUGCUCGGCUACUCAGAAGGUUAGCGGAGAGUCAGCGGUGUUCUGAGGGAUAGACGCUGCAGAUUUCAACAGGCUUAAGAAAUAAAGGAGGACCAAGAAUAAAGUGCCUUGGGAAAGAACAAGGGGGAAAAAAACACCUCAGAAACCUUGAAGCAUAAUUUGUCAUCACAUUUUUUUUUUUUAAACCAAACUCCUCCAUAGAGUUCUACGUACACCAUGGAAGUCUUAUUGACUGACAAAUCAAUGUUAUCACCGAACUUACUGAUAACACGAAUGGUGCAAGUGAAGAUGAUGUUUUACAUGCAAAAAAAAAAAAAAAAAAAAAAUCCUACUGCCAAAAUCUCUGGACGGUACGGUGUACUGCAUUUACUAAUACAUUUACGGUUAUGCAAACGCCGUUGCUGUUCACUGUGUUUCUUAGUAGUUGUGUUCGCAAUUAAACACAGCUUCUAGUCUGACCACCUUUGUUACACAAAAUCAAAACCUGUUAAAUCAGUGAUUGAGUUAUGAAUUGUAUUUGUAAGACAUUUCUUUUGGCAGAGUUUAGGGAUGAAGGUGGCUGUGUAUAAGAAACAGAUCAGCAUUCUCCCUGAAUAUGAAUGUCACAUAUAAAUAUAUACUCUAUUUAUAUAUUCAAGUUAUUGUCAGUUGCCGGCGUCGAACACGAACGCAUCCCAGCUAGAGUGCAAUAUGUAUAUAUUGUAAAUAUAAGAAAAUCUAUCUUCAAAUAAAACUUUGUUAUAUAAUGUUAUGUUGCAAUAUUUGUAUGAUGAAAAUGUGGUAAUCAGGUGCAAGUGUAAGGACAAGCAGCAAAAAAAAAAAAAGAAAAGUUCCUUCACAACUCAAACUUGCCAGUCACGAUAACAAAGUUUGACUUCUACAAUAAAAUGAUCCUGUGACACACAAAGCAAGGAUUUAGAGUCGACAACAGGCACAUGAAUAGCGCAUGAUUCUGUUCGCACUUCUUAUUCAAAACGUAAAAGGAUAACGAAUGUUUUAUUUGCUUAAACUUGUCUUUAGACUUCAAGUUGCUAUUUGUGACUAGAUUCAAUUACUGUGAAAUAUAUAACUAGAAGAGAUAUCACACAUAAUGAAGCCAAAAGCAACCUGAGGCGAUUUAAUCAGUGGUCAGUAGCCAACCAACAUUCUUCACACUCUGAUUUGAUUGAGUCUUUACCUCUAACCUAGUUUAGAACGUUCUCCUCUUUAACUUGUGAAUAGAUGGUUUGCUUUUGGCAGACAUUAGGCCCCUAGCCCAUAGCACCCACACACAUAUUGUGUAAUGUGCCCAGACAUGCCAAGGUAGCACUCACGCUAAAAAGUUUACAGAAAUUCUUCAAUCAGAAGUCAGCCGAGAAAAACGCCUCAGAACAAACGUGCAAUUAAGCACAUUAUCGACUAAGUCCACCAGUCAGAUUUGCUAACAGGUGUAUAUUCAUGAGAAGGCACAUCAAAGGAUUAUAGCGUGUGAAGGUAGCCAGUGAUGAAUGAGUGAAUAAAUGAAGCAGACAUGCAGCUAAUUUGUUUAAUUUAGGAAUGGGGCAAAGUGAAGGUGGACUUGAGGAAAAAGUGCACCUCGGAUUUAUGUUUUCCGGAUAAGAAACUCCUUACGCAGCGAACAUACAAAUCCGUGUGCUAGAUUUGAAGGUAAAUGAAAUGCAGUUUAUGUAACAAUUCGUCACCGUGUCUACAGUGCCAUUUAGCAAUUUGAAGGUAUGUAUAUAAGUGCAUGUGUUAGCGGAGAAUAUCUGUCAACGAAGGCAAUCUCAUUCCCUCCACAUGGGAAACUCCCACAACAUUUAGCUGCCAACACUGUGGUUUAGCUGGUCUGACUAUCGUCUUGGGUGGCAGCCAAAUCAAAGUCAGAGGGUAAAUCAGUGAGUGCUAUAUAUAACACGUAUGCUUUAUGGCCAGAAGUUUUUGGACACCUGACUAUCGGAUCUACAUGUGCUUUUUGAACAUCCCAUUGCAGAUUCAGUUCUAUGCUGCUGUAAUAAUUUCCACUGCUCUGGAAAGGCUUCUCACUAGACUUUGGAGCAUGGGUUUGGAAAAUUGCCCAUUCAGCUAAUUAAUGAGGCGCAGUCAUAUGGAGAGUAGGCUUGGGAUGUUUCAGUUCAUCCCAAAGGUGUUCAGUGUGGUUGAGUCAGAGACAUGGCUCUGUGCAGGACACUCAAGUUCUUCCACUCCAUCAUUGGUAAACCAUGUCCUCACUUUGUGCACAGAAGCAUUGUCAUGCUGGGACAUGUUUGGGCCCAGUACACAGUGACAUUUGUACAUCUCUCUGCUUCCAGAUUUAUGGCACCAGUUCUCCACAGAGUAUCACAGCCAUAUAGUGUAUCACACUGACUGACAGAUGACCGUUGGAAAAUAAUAAACAUGCUCCACAGUUAUACUUAAUCUACUUAAUUAUGUUUGGGUGUCUCACUGUGUGAGAAAAACAAGAAUGUCUGUAACCAAAGAAUUAGAUUUAAGUUCAAU